AUGGCCGACAUGUCCCAAAGAACCCAGCAGGCAGUGGACACAGCCAGGGAGACGGUCAUGGCCGGUGCCGCCGAGGCCGGGCGCGUUGGACGCCGCAUUGUCAAGAUGAUAUGGGAUCCGCAACCAGUCAACGACCGAACCGCCAACAAGCCUGUCUGGUGCCUGGGAUACUCUUAUACCCACGAGUCUCCCGCCCGCACCGAGUCCGCCUCGGACGCCGCAGCUCGCUCCGAGGCCGCGCCCCCGACGACGCCAUCGGCCACUGCAUCCCGCCCAGCCCCAGAUGCCGCCCCCGAAACCCCUCCCGACUCGGGUUCGAGCAGCGUCUCAUCCUCGUUGGCUUAUGAGCCCUCGGCUGAAGACAACGGAUGGCCUCCCUCUUUCAUGGACGACUUCGAGUCCCGAAUAUGGAUGACCUAUCGUUCUAAUUUCGAACCUAUUGCCAGGUCUUCGGACCCAAAGGCUUCUGCCUCUCUCUCCUUUGCUAUGCGGCUCAAAAGCCUCGCCGACCAAAGCGGGUUCCCCUCCGACACAGGCUGGGGUUGCAUGAUACGCUCGGGGCAGAGUCUGUUGGCCAAUACUCUAUCGAUCUGCCAACUCGGCCGCGGUGAGAUCCUAGUUCCUGGUCGUUGGCGCCGAGGUACGGCUGACCGUGAGGAGCGUGAACUCCUGGCUCGCUUCGCCGACGACCCGCGGGCCCCCUAUUCUAUCCACAACUUCGUCAGACACGGCGCUGUGGCAUGCGGGAAAUACCCCGGCGAGUGGUUCGGGCCAUCGGCAACAGCACGGUGUAUUCAGGCUCUGGCCAGUUCAAACGAGCCGUCGCUACGUGUCUACUCGACAGGUGACCUGCCUGAUGUCUAUGAGGACAGCUUCAUGGCAAUUGCGAAGCCCGAUGGCGAGACGUUUCAUCCGACUUUAAUACUUGUGGGAACACGGCUGGGUAUCGACAAGAUCAACCAAGUCUAUUGGGAGUCACUGACGGCUACGCUCCAGCUGCCGCAGUCCGUGGGCAUUGCUGGCGGCCGCCCGUCACAGUCACACUACUUCGUCGGGGCGCAGCAGGCAGGCGACAAUUCCGAGCCAGGGUCCUACCUUUUCUACCUCGAUCCGCACUUCACCAGACUUGCCUUGCCCUUCCACGAGGACGUUGAAAAGUACUCAAAGGAGGACAUCGACUCGUGCCAUACGAGACGACUGCGUAGAUUGCACGUGCGCGAGAUGGAUCCCAGCAUGUUGAUCGGGUUCCUGAUCAGCGAUGAGGACGACUGGGAUGCGUGGAAAGACUCGGUAAAGUAUGUCCAGGGCAAGGCCGUCAUCAGGGUCUCGGAACAUGAUCCCGCACGAGGUCUCCCCGUGGAGCGGGAGGGCGCUAUUGACGAAGUUGAAACGCUGAGUGAUGAUGAUGACGAUAAUUCCGCCCUCGGCACGUGA